AUGGGAAAUCCAAAGCAUGGCUCAGGCUCAGGCAGCGCUCUCAACCCCAUCAUCCUAAUCACCGCCGGGGUUGCGGCGCUCGUCGCUACAUUGCUUGCAUCGUUCUCAAUAUUACUACAACUCAAGAAUUAUAGGCGACCUAUACUCCAGAGACAAGUUGUUCGUAUCAUGCUGAUGAUCCCGCUCUACGCCAUCUCGUCAUUCAUCUCUCUGUUCUCACUCGAAGCAGCGGUUGUGAUAGACGCACUUCGUGAUAUAUACGAGGCGUUCGUAAUCUAUAAUUUCUUCCAUUUAUUGCUGGACUAUCUGGGUGGAGAACGUUCUCUCUUGAUCCUCUUGCAUGGGAGACCUCCAAAACAUCACGUCUUUCCCGUCUCACUCUUCAAAAGUGAGAUUGACGUAAGCGACCCUUUUACGUUCCUUAUGUUGAAACGUGGAAUCCUUCAAUAUGUUCAAGUCAAACCGGUUCUCGCUAUCAUUACUUUGAUACUCAAGGCUACUGAUUCGUACAAGGAAGGUGACUUGCGUGGUGACGCUGGUUACUUGUACGUCAGCCUUAUAUACAAUAUUUCCAUUUGCAUCGCUUUGUACUGCUUGGCCGUUUUUUGGAUUGUAAUCAACGACGAUGUCAAGCCAUUCCGCCCAAUGCCCAAGUUCUUAUGCAUCAAGGGAAUCCUCUUCUUCUGCUUCUGGCAAUCCAUCGCAGUGUCCAUCCUAGUCUCCCCACUUCACCUGAUUACACACAUUGGACCAUAUCAUGACGUCGAACACAUCUCCAUUGCCAUUUCCGAUGUUCUCAUCUGCUACGAGAUGCCAUUCUUUGCGGUGGCACACAUGUUCGCGUUUAGCCAUACCGACUACAUCGACCCUCUGGUUCACUACGCAGCCCGAAUGCGUUUCUGGUACGCCACAAGAGAUGCAUUUGGACUUCGUGAUGUCGUCGAGGAUUCAAAGGCAACACUGCACUCAACUGUCAAUUAUCGAACUUAUGAACCAGUGGAGGGCGGAAUGCAUGUUGGCGAAGGGCGAGACCGCAGGAUACGCGCUGGCCUGCGAUAUGCUAAAGGAGGAACGCAAAAAUACUGGCUACCUAUGCCGGCGGACGAUGAAAUGGUAGCACCCGCUUUAACGGGGCCUCUGACAGCUAUUCAGAGGCGAUGGAACGAGCACCAGGGUUACGCGCCUCUGCCAGCUGAGCAAGCUGAGGACGUGGUGCAUGAAGGAUUCCAAGAGCCCGAUCCGAAUUCACGAACGCCGACAGAUGCAUUUCGGCCCGACUACAUUGCCACCGACGAGGACGAUCUGGAUCUUCACUUUGAAGAUCCACGCAGAGACCAAGAAUGCGAGAUGGUCUACGAAGAAAGCCGACGGCUCGUGUUUGGCGACUACAACUAUCCAGUCAUUGAUGUCAGCACAGAGGCAGCCAAGAUACAGAUGUGGGAUGAGGAGGAACGCAUUCUAACAAACGCACGAAGUGCGGCAUUCAACUGGAAAGGUGGCAAAAACAAGAAGUUGGCCUAUGCGACGAAAGGCUACGGUGCCACUGACGAAGGACCUCCUUCCUCCUCGAGGCCGCAAGUUAGAGUCCAGAACUCUGAUGGCUCAUUCAACGCUCCACAUCCAGCAAUAAUUGACUAUGAAACCGAGAAUGUCCCUGACAUCGACUUUAAAGGGAUACGGCUUCGAUGGACCAAAACAGGGGCGCCUGUACCUACAGCAACCAGCAAGCCAGGCUCUCCGAGUAGGUCUGUAUCCUCCAAUUCGAGGAAGAAGGUCGAGGUCCGGUCACACUCGAAGAGUGCAACCUCAAAGACCAGCCUCGAUGGACAACCACAUCCAGAGCACGUUUCAGAUCCUGAGCGCUCUGAAGAAGAGCCUGUGGAUAAGCGGGAGGACGCUGUGGAUUUGGUCGUAGAAGAUCGACGGGCGGGUGAGCUUGAAAUGGAGUGGGAACGAAGAAGAGGAGAGCCGGCAUUGGCUGGCGCAAGCGGGCUCAAGAAGGUCUUUAAGAGGAGGUAUGACGUGGGCACCGAUUCGGAUGCUGAAGGAGGUGAAGUGGAAAUCAAGGAAGCGCGGAAUGUUGCCGAGGAUCCGGACGACUUGCCCGAGAAGGUCCAGGUUCAUAUUAAGAGGGAUGAGAGGAAGCAGAGUGACCGAACUGAACAUACGUCUACGCCGCAGAGACAUGGAGCGUUGUCGCCGUGGAAUCCACAUACAGAGCACCAGCAUGACGCCGUCGUCGAUCCUGCCGGCGAGUCGGAUCUUGUCAUAUCCAGGGAGACGCAACCCCUCCACAUGCGAGGCUGGAAACGCGAGAGAAUAACAGGCUACUAG